AUGACGAAGCAGCCUGGCAGCUCUCCCAACAUACACGUCAAGAACAUACACGUCAAGAACAUACACGUCAAGAACAUACACGUCAAGAACAUACACCUCAAGAACAUAGACCUCAAGAGAAUCAAAACCAGCAUGCCGCCCCCUCCGCCGCCUCCACCACCUCCCAUGCCCGUCAUGGGUGGCCCUCCCCCUCCUCCGCCUCCCCCGCCUGGAGGACCACCAGCCGCCAACCUCCCCUCCAGGCCACCCACUGGCGCCGGACGUGGUGCUCUUCUCGGCGAAAUCGGCAGGGGCAAGGCGCUUCGAAAGGCAGUGACGAAUGAUCGCUCGGCACCUAUCGUCGGCAAGUCUGCGAAUAGCUCGGCCGGCCCCCCUAUCGGCGGCGCACCUCCAGUUCCUGGUAUGGGAAUGGGUGGCAUGCCCAAACCUCCCGGAGGACUCGCCCCCCCUGCUCCUGGAAACCGCGCCAGAAGCAACAGCGACCAGAGCGGACGUGAGAGCUCAGGCGCAGGCAUGGACGCCGCACCACAACUGGGCGGGCUCUUCGCAGGCGGCAUGCCGAAGCUGCGGAAGAGCCGCGGCGGCGUCGACACGGCCCAAGCCGCCAUCCGCGCAGCAAGCCUGCCGCCCUCCCCCUCGCCAAGCAGCGCGCCCCCGGCCCCGCCUCCCCCACCACCAGCGGCCUCCUCCCCGCCGCCGCCACCCCCUCCAGCCGCGCCCCCCUCCCGCAACCGCGCCGGCUCUCUGCUGCGAACCUCCAUGCUCGACCCCAGCGCCUUCACCCUUUCCGCCCCCAACGGCGCCGCCAGCCCGAGCCCCACCCGCUCCGCCGGCGGUCUCACCUCGCCGCCCCCUCCCGGUGGCGGCGGCGGCGCGCGCUACGUCGUGCACGACCCGCGCUGGAAGUUCCAGGACGACAGCAUGCUGCCCAAGCCGAGGGAGUUUGUCGGCGGGACGCGCAAGUACAGGGCUGGCAGGGGGAGCAGCGUGCCGCUGGACCUGGCCGCGUUGUCGGCGUGA